CAUAACCUUAGUUUGGGGCAUUAACCCCCUAUCCUUAUGCCAACACACACACAAGAAGCCUUCUAACUUUACUAACCUAUUGUGUGGCAUAAGCAUUAAGCACUGAGUGAGUCUCCGUUUAAUUACAGUGACACACACACUCCCAGCUCUCUCUCUAUCUCUCCCUUCGCAGCGAACGGCAGUGUGCGAGAAUUUGGGGAUUCUUGCAUGAGCGAUGGACUUGGGCAAGAGAAUCCGAGUGGUAUUUAAGGAUGACGACAUUUUGAGCGAGACCCAGAAAUUGGAGGGCUUCAGCCGCAGCUGGGUUCUGCUGGAACCCCCCCGCCACGACGCCGUUUCCGACCUCGCCUCCCAUCUGCUCCACGCUUUUCAACUCCACCAAUCCUGCCCCCACGGUCUCCUCCUCUCCAUAUCUGGCUUUGUCUUACCUCCGUUUGUAUCUACCAGCAUUUUAAAAGAUAAUGAAAUUAUCAGUGUGCGGAAAAGGAAAGACAUUUUGUCAAUAGAAGGAAACAAAGCUGCUAAUGAUGUUCAAAAAUUGAAAGCUCUGGAGAAGCGACCUGUGGAUGGUGGCGUUCUGCUUUUAGCAAAUGAGGAGUUUGAGAAAGAAAAAGGUGGUUAUGAAAGUGAUGAAGAAUUUGAAGAUGAUGAUGAAGUCCCGUUGGAAGUUGUCGAAAAUUCUUCAGGCAGAAACUCAAACAAGAAAAAUCGCAAAAGAAAAGUAGCUGAAUCUAAAGAUGAUGAUGAAGUCCUGUUGGAUGUUAACGAAGACUCUUCAGGUGGACAUUCAAGAAAGAAAAAUCGCAAAAGAAAAGCAGCGGAGAUGCUAGAAGGGAAUAAGGACAAGAAACAUCGUUCUGUGGUUACUGGGAAUGGUUCCAGUGAUGUUUGUAAAGAGAAAAAAGAUGUUGCUGUAGCUGGAAAUAAUGUGAAAAACAAAGAUGAGCCUGCUAAACAUAGUGAUAAGAAGGAUGUGGAGGAGCCUGGCGAGAAGAGAACUGUUGAUGUUCAAGAGAAAGACAACGAGACCGGUGAUGCCAAAAUUGCCCCCAAGGAAACAAAAAAGGCUCGAAGUAGAAGUGCUCGGCGGAAGACUGAAAAAAGACGUUGGUUGCGUGAAAUGGCAAAAAUUCAGAAGCAAAAUGCAACCUGUGAAUCAGAGGGUCUUCGAAACUGGAAAGAGGACCAAGCUAAAGCUGACAGAAAAAAACCGGAUGGCCAAUUGAAAGGACAGCAAAAGUGGAAAAAAUACCAAGCUGAUGAUGAAAGGAACAAAGCUGAUGGUCAGCCAAAAGGACUACUACACUGGAAGCUAUCUUCCCAAAACAAUGGGCUUGUUAAGGGAAAAAAGCAUAAACGGCAUAACCAGAAUGAUGACUUUCUUGAACUUCUAAAUCAAAAUGGUGAUGUACGCAAGCAGCAAACUCAAAAUGGUGAUGUACAUAAGCAGCAAAAUCAAAAUGACGAUAUACAUGAGCAGCUGACCCAAAUGGGUGACAGAUUAGAGCAGCCAAGCCUCAGUUUGCAUGAAGAACCAGGUCAGAGUAGUCCAUCCGUACAAGAACAUACAAAUCAAAACUGUGAUGCAUCAAAGCGAUUAAAUCACAAAAGUGCGGAGGAUAAUGAAGUUGUUCCAAUUGAAAUAAGGCCAGGACAUAUCCGCUUUGAACCUUUGGAGGAAGAAGAAGCUGUGCAGCAAGAUCAUGCACCUCUGGAAACCUUUAAUUGGAAUGGAAUUACUAGCAAGAAGAAAGGCCAACAGUGGGGGAAGGAAAAUCGUAGAUUCACUCCUAGAAACGACUACAGAACAAACAAAGAGGAUUGUGAAACACUGACUAAAGAAAAAGAGAAACAACCAAAGGAGAGAAUCAACUUUGAUAAGCUUCCACUUCUUUCUGGCUCACCUAAGAAAGGAGAUCUCAUUGCGUAUCGGAUUCUGGAAUUAUCAUCAACAUGGACCCCUGAGCUUUCUGCCCAUCGAGUUGGAAAGGUAUCUUGGUACAACGUGGAAUCCAACCAAACAAUGUUAUUGCCAGUUCCAGAAUAUCCAAUCGUUUCUGAGGAAGAUGAUGAGGAUGAAGCCGCUCAACUUGAUAACUCCCUUUAUAAAGAAGAUGGGUCUUUGGAGGUUGAUUUUUCGUCACUUAUUGAUGUCCGUGUCCUCACCAAUGGGGGAUCAAAACCGGACAAUAAAACCGUUGCAUGUGUGAAUGAAGCAUCUACAAGCAAUGUAAAUGCUCUGAAGACAGCAUUGCCUGGCAGCAGUGGGGAACCGACAGCUGAACCCAGCCCAGAUACUCAAGAAUCAGACCAGGGUAAAGAGAUGCAGCUGCCUAGUGGAGAAAUUGGCGGGAGCGUCUGGGACCAAUUGAGUGAGGCUCUGAAUGCCAAAAAGGAUCAACUAUCCAAGGAAAAUGGUUGGGGCAGUACCCCCAAGAAGGUGGUAGUCUCUCAUGAGAAUAGUUGGGGGAAGAAUGCGAAAAAGGUACAACCAUCACCUGGAAGUAACUGGGAAAAGAAUUCCCAGAAACCACAGCCAUCGCAGGGAAAUAGUUGGUGCAAGCAAAAUGCAGGCAGUAAAUCAUGGUCGUAUAAAGCCCUGAGAGGCAGCGCACUUGGUCCAACGAUGGCUAUGCUGAGGUCGAAGAGGGAUUCAUGAGGGAUCAGAACUAAAAGAAAUUCGAUUGUUGGACUUUUCGUGAAGCAAUGGAACUUGUUGGCUUCAGUCUUUGCCAGUGGCGGUGAGGCUUUUUGCUUGUGUGAUAGCGUACGUCAUUGUCAAUCCGUGUAAAUGGCCGUCUGUUUGAUGUAGCUCUCAUCACUUAUUGUGUAGGAAGCUAGUUCAACUUGUUAGAUGGUUGCGCUGCUAACUUCACUUUCCAAGUUCCAACUAGUAGCUUGAGUUUCGCUAAUUUUGCCUAGUUGGUUCUCUUUCCUACUGGCUUGAUGGUUUCUUUUUCUAAAUAUUUUUCGUGAUUGGUGUUUCCAUCAAAGUUUUGGUAUAUUUCCAUAUAAAGUGGAUGUGUUUUUUUUAAAACUCCA